AUGCAUGAUUGUGGGAUUGUGCAAGAUGUGAGCCACGGUGAAGCCUCCGGAACUCCACAUCCCGUGUCCGAUGCGACAAAAGGCACCGUUGAGAAUCGUCUACAGAGCGGCGAAAAUGCACCUGGGCAACUUUCGUGGUUCCCAUUCCCGUCGGAUGACAUCGGAGAUCUCGCGCUAGACUUCGACAUCGGAUAUGACUCUUUGGGCGUCUAUCCAGAGGAAGACGCACUUCAAUUCAUGACAUUGAAUGCUGAGUCUCCAUCCAUUUCUCAGCUAUCGGAGAUCAUACAAGCUAUCCCUUCUGAGUCAGGGGCGAAAGGCUGCAAUACGUUUGACAAGGACUCUCAGCCAGGGCUUGCCGACGACACUACCGCCCCUUCCAUCAACGACGGGAACCGUCAUUUGAUACAACAUUAUCUUGAGGUUCUUCAGGGCUACUCCAAGGUCGAAGAUCGCUCCAAGGACGCAAACAACCUAUUUAUAUCAGCAUUCACCCAGUCACUCUCUUUUCCGCCCCUCUUUUAUGCUAUCCUCGGGUUCUCAGCCUCACAUCUAUGCAUGACGGACCCAUCAUACGCCGAGCAGGCACGCAAAUUUGAGCGGCUAGCAGAGCAGUCGUACGACUCAUACAAACGAACCCACAGCUCAGAGAUAGAGGGCUUCCUCUCUGCUUUGUUUGUUCGCAUCAAAACCGUACACGUGAUGGGACGCGGUGUCGACUUGUUCUUUGGUAUGAUUGCCGAGGUUGUCAACAUUAUCUCGACUGAGCAAGGGGAGAAGGCACUCGAAAACCCAAAUAGCCUAUCCCGGCGGCUCGUCCUUCGGCUCGCGCUUCUGGAUGCGCGAGCCGGAUGCUUCAGGCUGGGAGGUGGGCAGCUUAUUGAGCGGCUCCGACUAUCCCCUAGUUUCUCCUUCAUCUUCGACUUUGAGACGUCCACUGCUCCCCCUGUUGGGGCAGCAAUACGCUUGCUUCGUGCGGAUAUCCUUCGCAAGCAAGUCGGUGACCUUGACAUGCAACUACACAAGCAAUCGGAAGGACACGCCAUUGUCUCGCCGCCAGUUCGGAUAGGACAAGUAAAAGCCCUUUACGAGACCAUACAACGUGAAAUUGCCCGAUGCGAGCGGGAGAUGAUGACAGACGACGAGGACCGGGACGCCCUGGCACAGGAGGCAAUGGAUUCGGCAGUCUACAAUUACCAUGUCGUCUCUUCAGCCCUUCAUUCGGCUCUUCUAUACCUCUAUCAGGUCUUCGUGAGUAACCCUAGCCACAGUACUGUCGAACGUCCCGAGCUGAAGUGCAAUGUAGCCAGUCUCAUCGUUUCGCCCCGACGUUUCCAUUGCCAGGAUUCUUCGCUUCCAGCUCAGAAUUCACCGCGAUCCGUCUCGCACAAACUCGCCAUCCUCAAUCCUCCCCGUCGCGCUCUUCAUGGCUGGUUUGUCCACCACUGA